AUGUGGCCAGAGCAAAGCUGGAAGCUGCGUUCCUUAACAAGUCUUACACAGCAGCGCGAAACGGAGAUAACGUCCCUGAGGGAAGGCGUCGACGAUCGCGACCAAUCUGCGGCUUCGCUCUCAACUUCAACGCUGACGCUGUCUCAUUGGCAGCUUCCGCCUCUACUGAAUUACGGAGACAAUAACCAAACCAGACAAAGAUCGCUUCCGCCGCGACCGAGCUACAGCCAGAAGUGA